UCCGUAAAGCGCAUGAUUGGAGUGGCUGGAGUGUUGUCGCAUCAAGAUUUCGUGUGUUUCAUGUUGUACACAUGUGUAGUAUAUAAAUUAUUUAAAAAUAAAAAUGUUUGUGCUCGUGGAAUUAAAGGAUACCGUUAGAAUACUUCCCAGCAGUUUUAAAUGCAAAUUGAACGAUGUCAUUGCUGAUGAAUUAAAUAAAAAACUCGCUAAUAAGGUUUACAAAGACGUAGGUCUAUGCAUUGCAUUAUACGAUAUUACAAAGAUAGAAGAAUCAUAUAUUUUCCCAGGAGAUGGAGCUUCCCACACAAAAGUAACAUUUCGAUUUAUUGUAUUUCGCCCAUGGAUGGAAGAAAUAUUAAUAGGAAAGAUCCGCUCUUGUAGUCCCGAGGGUGUACAUGUCACGUUAGGAUUCUUUGAAGAUAUAAUCAUACCACCUCACAAGUUACAACAUCCAUCACGUUUUGAUCAAAUGGAACAGGCUUGGGUUUGGAUAUAUAAAACUGCAGAUGGAGAAACACACGAUCUAUUUAUGGAUCAAGGAGAAGAGAUACGAUUCAGAGUAGUUAAGGAGAUCUUCAAAGAGACACCUUUACCAACUGCACCUAAUGCAUCUCGCGAUGUAGAUGGGAAGCCAGAAGCUAAAAACAAAGCACCAUAUGUUUUACAUGGCUCAAUUGACGAAUCUGGUCUAGGUUUACUUACCUGGUGGCAAAAUACAUAAUUUUUAUUAUAUUUUUAAGUGAAAUAAAUUAUAGAAGUACAAUGA